AUGGACAGUCUCGUUGAAGACAAGCGUGUUCUGCUUGGCUUUGUUGGAGCUUCGGUUUUGGGUUGGAAUAUUGCCGCCAAACUUCAGCAUGUUGUGAGCAAAUGGUGGAAUGCGAGAUGCGAACGAAAUGAAUGGGUUCCGGUUGGAAGAAUCAAAAGCCUUCAUAUUUAUCCAAUCAAAUCCUGCAAAGGAAAAGACGUGUUUAGCUAUAAAUGCACACCGCUUGGACCAAUUUUCAAUGAAUAUUUUGAUCGAUUUUUUCUUGUCGUUGAUGGGAAAACAGGAAGGUUUCAUACAGCUCGUACGAAGCCCGAAAUGAUUUUGACUGAAGUCGAAAUCAAAAAUGGAAUAAUGAAACUUAUCCAUCCAAAUCACGGAAGUACGGAAAUCGAUUUGGACAAUGUUAAGAAAAACGGAAAAGUUGUUAGCGGAUUCUUGCACGAAAAAUUGCGAACGGACGGUUAUGAUUGUGGGGAUUCAGCCGCCGAUUUCUUCUCAAAAGUCAUCAAUGAGCCGGAAACUCGUCUUUUGAUGUAUUCAGAAGAACUUUAUACAGAAAGAAUAUGCAAAACUAGUCAGAAUUGGUGGAAUAAUCCAGUUCCAAAGCGGGUUGAUAAUACAGCUUAUGCGGAUUUGGCGCCUUACAUGAUCACAACAGAAGCGUCACUAGAGGAUCUGAACAGUCAUCUAAACAAUUAUGUUAGUUCGGUCAAUUUCCGUCCGUGUAUUGUUAUCAGCGAUUGUCCAGCUUGGGACGAGGACAAAUGGCUCGAUCUUCGCAUCGGCGAUGUUGAGCUUCAGUGCUUCAAACCUUGCACGCGGUGUGUUUUGACAACUGUUGAUCCAAAAACCGGCAAAAAGGAUAAAAAUAUGCAACCGCUUCGAAAAUUGAGAAAAUAUCGUCUUGCUCCAGACGGAAAAUUGAGAAAAGAGUUCAAGGAUAGUCCAAUCUUCGGAGUUAACGCAGGUCUCAAUAAAGAGGGAUACAUCCACGUUGGCCAGACUGUUUGGGCUCGUUACAAGCCUUCCGAAUUUUGA